UUUUGGACUUCAGUUCAUGCUUCCAGGAAGAGCAAGGCUAGGGGGAACAUGAACAAACAAUGCCAGUACCCCGAUACCUCCAGUACUCUGCACCACCCCCAAAUUACCCAUUGGCCUUGGAACACUCAGGGGUCUGUGUUCUGACUCCUCCAUCCCAUUCUUCCUACUAGGAGGCCCACAACCCAGACAACAUCCUACAGGGAGGCAAGGCUGAGAGGCAUGUGGAAGUCAAGGACAGUGGCUGGCAGGCUCUAGAGGGCUAACUCUUUAGUUCUGAUGAAGGGGCAGGUAUUGACGAAAAGAGGAGUCCGGCCCUUUCCCAGCAUGACAAACUACAUUGAGAGUCUGAUUCUCUGGACUCAGAUGGCCCAUACUUCCUCAAGUCCAACUCAACCUGUGUAACCCAACUUGACAAGCCUGAGGCUUCAGGGUCAGUGUGCUUCAGUUUUCAGGAGUGCUCUGACUCUGACAGGGCCUGAAGUUACAGGUGAGGGAGUUGGUGUGACAGUGUGAUUGUGACUGGUGGAAAGGUGAUGAUGGGGACUGUGGGGAGUCCACAACGAGGUCUCUGAUUCUCAACCCAGCACUCUAGAGGGAGGCCCUUGAGUGCAUGUGUGGCCUCCUGGGCCACGGUGAGUGGGAUGAGUGGCAGACCCUCUGUUCUCUGAGGGUUAGGAACAAGCAGCACCUUGUUCCUCAGAAGCACAACAGUGUUUUUCUCCUUACCUUUCCGCAAAGAGGGAUCUAUGGACCAGAGAAAACAUCAAAGAAAGCCCAAGAACGUAGGGCCUUUUGGCAGGGAGCUGGAACUAAGUGUUCCGAUGACAGCAGAAAGGAAGGGACCAGACAGCAAUGUCCCUAUCCUCCCACCCACCCAACCCCCUCAGUCCAGGGGCUCUUCAAACUUAGGGGACGUGCCCUCCUCCCAGACUGGUCUUUAUCUAGAAAUUUCUGGCCUCUUCUCGCCUUUGGGCUGUCUUUGGCUCCAGACAAGAAUUCCUGCUCCUGUCCCACUGGUCUUCCAGCUCCUGCCCUUUCUCCAGAGCAGUCAGAGAAUUGUACUUCAGCCUGUUCCUUCUCUCCCCUUUGCAUUUUUUUUACCAGAAAGGUUGACCAGAGCCAGGGAUGAUUGGGAAGAGUCACUCGCCCAAGGACCAGUUGGACCUCUUCUUCUGUAAGUGUUACAGCUCAUGGAUUGGCUGAGGCUGAGACCCCGAGGUGGACCAAGGGAGUGGGGGGAAUGGCUAAUAUAAGGUGGAUAACCAGCAAGUGUCUCCUCUCUCUGGGGCAUGAGGACUUGGGCUAGGUGAUAUUUGAAAUACAGUACAGCUCUUAGGGUAUAGGGGAAGGCUGCGGGGACGCUGGAGACUGUGGGAAGGGGCAGACAGCCACUCUAGGCCCACCUCUGCCUCCAACCACCUUAACUCUACCAGCAGGAGGAAUGGCAGUAGCUGUGGCCCGGCUUGUGUUUCUCCAGCUUGCUUUCGGGCCAGCUCUGGUUGUGGACAUCGAGAUGCAGAUUGCCAUCAAGGACUUCCACAUGCUACACGUCGAUUAUCCCAGGGUGCACUACCCAAAGGGUUUCCAGGGCUACUGUAAUGGUCUCAUGGCCUAUGUACGGGGCAGAAAGCAGAAGAGCUGGUAUUGCCCGCAAAUCCAUUAUAUGGUGCAUGCCCCCUGGAGAGAAGUCCAGAAGUUCUGCAAGUACAGUGAGAGUUUCUGUGAGAAUUACAACGAAUACUGUACAUUCACAGAGGACUCCUUCCCCAUCACGAUCUGUUCUCUGGCCCCUAAUCAGCCGCCCACCAGCUGCCACUACAACAGCACCCUAACCAACCAAAGGCUCUACCUGCUCUGUUCCGGAAAGCGUGAUGCGGAACCGAUAGAUAUCAUUGGUGUCUACUAGGAAAGGGAGGCUUUCGAUUUGAACUACCCCCUACUGCCACCAUACACCAGCCUGUUCCCAUUCCCAAACCUCUGAUUUCUGAUACAAGGCUUCCUCCCUGACUUCAAAGGCAGGCAGGGCCCCCUCCCAAGAGACCAGGGAAGUAGGACAAAUGUCCAGAGCUUCAGUCACCAUGCAAAUUCAUACUGCCUUGUAGACCCUUUCCAACUUGUUUACCUCCUCUCUUCCCCCGUCAUCUUCCUUCUCCCACAGACAGCCUUACUCACCCAAGAAGCUGACUGUGUCCAGUUGGCAGUGACUGUCCUUCCACUGGGCCAGAUCCUGAAUCCUGGAUGGAGGCCCAGAGCCUCAGCUCACACCAUGACAACAGGCACCCAGCUCCAUGUCUCAACUCCCCAUCCCCACUACCCUUCUCUCCUCAGCUGUCCCCAUCUCCCUUAUGAUUCUCUCCACUCACUCACCUACAUGGUAGGUACCUCUAGCUAGAGGUCCUCCCCAAGACCCUUAGAGUCUUUCUAGCCUCACUUCUCCAGAAUGCCCCUCAGUCCCCAGUCUGUUCCUCUCUACGAAAUCAUUGCUCUUCUCUCCAUGUAACCUGUUCUUUCUUCUCUCCUUCUACCACAGAGCCAGGGUAGUUUCUCCCCUACACUCCCCUCCUUUAGUCUCCCUGUAUUCCUCUCUCUGACUUCUUUUCCUUCCAUUCUUCUCACUGUGGCUCACUGGAGUUUCAAAUGAUCUUCUCUGACCUGUUACCCCCAAGAUGACUGCAUCCCUUUCCUUCCCAAAGCUCUUCCUGACAACCUGCCCCCCCUCCGGUUACAGGAUCUGCCACCGACAAGACAGGUGUGAGGUGAGCCUCGCUGUGGUCACAGAAGGUUUUAAAACCACACCUUGAUUUAUAGAAGAUAUAACCACUGGAUGAAACUGGGUGAAGGGUAUGUUGGACCCCUCUGUACUAUUUUUGCAAU